AUGUUCUACAUUGGACUCAAAACGGAGAUGAAAGAAGUAGUGAAGAUGCAGAAACCGAGGGGUUUGACAAACUGUUUCAAUGCAGUGAUCUCAAUGGAGGAUAGUGCGUUUUGUAAAUCGAUGGCUGAGGCUACAAAUCCAUCACGACGCGCUUACUUUCCAUUGCGUUCGGCUUUCAAUUACAACACUCAAAGAAGCGGGAGCAGUACGAGCAGUGAAUCAGUAGAGAAGGCAAAGGAUUCCCAAAGCCAAAAUGGAAAACCACCUUGGAGAAGCAGUGUAGGCAAAAACUACAGUGGAAUGUUGAAACUAUCACCAGCUGAGAUUGCAGAGAAGAAACGUUUGGGUCUUUGUUUCAAAUGCCCAGAAAAGUGGUCGAGAAGUCAUACUUGUCAGAAUAUGAUGUUACAGGUGUUUAUGGUGAUAAACGAUGAAGAAAUUGAGAUCUUGGAGGAAGAUUGGGUCAUAGAUAUGGAGGAUAAGGAAAAUGCAGAACCAAUACUCAUGGAACUAUCACUAUCAUCCUACUUGGGUUUAGACUCACCUGCAGUAACGAAACUCUCGGGUGAGAUUGACAAUGUAAAAGUGGUGGUAAUGAUUGACAGUGGUGCAACACACAACUUUAUAGAUCCUUCAGUACUUAACAAAACUCGUCUUUCACCAACGAAGAACAGAAGCUUAGAGAUUUUGUUAGGUACUGGCAUCACUGUUAACGGCCAUGGAGUAUGCAGAGAUGUCUCAGUAACGCUGCAGUCACAUGAGUUUGAGAUGAAUUUUGUUGUCUUGGAGCUGGGCAAUGCAGAACUGAUUUUGGGGAUUGAUUGGCUGAGAACGUUAGGCAAAUGCGAACAUGAUUGGGACAAGCACGAGAUGUCGUUCCUGUACAGAGGGUCACUGAUAACUCUUUAUGGUGAUCCGGCCUUGCAGAAAAAGGGAAAAUCGUUCAAGGAGAACCAUUCACUCAACAGCCUGGAGUUAGCGAGUUUUGACAUGGAUUUCCUUGAAGUAAACAAUGUGGAGUUGACGGAGAAAAUACCAGAAGAGGUAGAGGAUAUUUUAACAAAGUUCGAUCACAUGUUCGCUGAACCAACUCAGUUACCUCCGAUCAGGGGCAGAGAACACACGAUCAACUUGAUACCGGGAACAGGGCCUGUGAGUGUACGACCUUACCGAUAUCCACACACAUAUAAAGAAGAGAUGGAGAAGCUAGUCACUCAGAUGUUAGAAGCGGAAACGAUUAGACCGAGCAAAAGCCCUUUCUCGAGUCCAGUUUUGUUGGUUAAGAAGAAGGACGGGAGCUGGAGAUUCUGCAUUGAUUACAGAGCCUUGAAUAAAGCUACGGUGGCAGAUAAAUUUCCUAUCCCAGUCAUUGAUCAGUUGUUGGAUGAGUUACACGACGCAAAGGUGUUUUCCAAGCUGGAUUUAAGAGCUGGUUAUCACCAAAUUAGAAUGUUGGAGGCAGACAUAGAGAAAACAGCCUUCCGGACUUCAAAUGGACAUUAUGAGUUCUUAGUUAUGCCGUUUGGACUCACAAACACUCCUGCGACAUUUCAAGCACUCAUGAAUGAGAUUUUUCGUCCGUACUUGGGAAGUUUCGUCUUGGUCUUCUUUGACGAUAUCUUGAUCUUUAGUAGCAGUGUAUCAGAUCGUCUCAAGCAUUUAGAGACAGUGUUGGAGUCUAAAGUCGAUUACCUUGGCCAUAUCAUCUCUGAAGACAGUGUAGCAACAGAUCCUUCAAAAACAAAGGCUAUGAAGAAGUGGCCAGUUCCAAGAUCAGUUAAAGAGUUGAGAGGAUUUUUGGGACUAACGGGGUACUACAGGAAGUUUGUGAAAGGCUAUGGCGCAAUGGCACGACCUUUGACAGAUCUGCUGAAGAAAGAUCAAUUUGAAUGGUCUACGAGAGCUCAGACUGCUUUUGAGGAAUUAAAGGAGGCAAUGAUGACAGCUCCAGUAUUGGCUUUACCAAAUUUCUCAGAACCAUUCAUUGUAGAAACGGAUGCCUCAGGUUACGGGAUGGGAGCUGUUUUGAUGCAAAACCAGAGACCAAUAGCUUACUUCAGUUCCGGUCUAUCAGAUAGAGAACAGAUUAAGCCGAUCUAUGAGAGGGAGUUAAUGGCAGUGGUUUUAGCCAUUCAGAAAUGGAGGCACUAUCUGCAUACGGAUCAGAAGAGCCUGAAGUUUCUGCUUGAGCAACGUGAGGUUUCAAUGGAAUACCAGAAAUGGUUAACCAAGCUUCUGGGGUACGAUUUUGAGAUAAUAUUCAAGCCUGGUGUUGAGAAUAAGGCUGCUGAUGGGUUAUCGAGAAUCGUAUCGGAGAAAUCAAACUCGUUCAUUGCUCAUUGUGCAGCGUUGACAAUGCCAGCGAAUCUUCAAAUGCAAGACAUCUUUAAAGAGAUUGAUGCAAAUGUGCAGAUUCAAGAGCAGUUACAAAGAGUGAAGGAUGGUGUAAAGGAGCAAGUUGGUUACAAAGUUGUUGCAGGGAGGUUGCGAUUUAAACAGAGGCUAGUGAUUCCGCGAAAUUCAUCUCACAUUCCGCUGCUCUUACAGGAAUACCACGCGGGGCUUAUAGGUGGUCAUUCAGGAGUUUUGAAGACUCUGAAACGAGUCCAGAGUAUGUUUUAUUGGCGAAAGAUGUCGAAAGAUAUAAAGAAGUUUGUAGCGGAAUGCGAUAUUUGCCAACGCCAUAAGUACUCAACUCUGUCUCCAGCGGGAUUGUUACAGCCUCUGCCUAUACCAAAUCGCAUUUGGGAAGAUUUGUCGAUGGAUUUUAUUGAAGGAUUGCCGGUGUCACAUGGAGUUAAUGUGAUUCUCGUCGUUGUGGAUAGAUUGAGCAAGUUUGCACAUUUUUGCGGCUGA